AUGAUGACCCCAUAUAGGGGUAGAGGCCGCGGUUAUGGUCGUGGUGGGAGAGGGAGUAACAAUAUGUUACCCCAGCCAGAAUCAAACAUUCCUCUAAUAGGGGAUUUGACUACUGUCUAUAAAGGUAGAAAAAUGCAGCAAUUACCUGCAUCUUCAGCAAAAAAGGAAGAUAUUGCUUCCUCUUCCUCUAAUAAAACUACAUCCUACAAGGAAGUUGCGGUUAAUAACCCACCUCAAGAACAAAUGGAUUAUUUUGAAAAUCCAGUAACUGAAAAAAUCAUGUAUAUUGAUGAUGAAGAUAUGAAGAUAAAUCCCAAUGAUGGUUGGUCUAUCAAAACUAGAUACCUCGAAUCAAGAGGAUAUCCAGGUCUUCAUGGAAAAUCUAGGCCCAACCUAGAAAUUCUCCUGACCGUUACCGAUUCGGUAACAAUUACUCACCAUUACCAAAACAAUAAUCCUGUAAGUUUUAUAAACUUCAGUAAAUGUCACAUUAAUAAAAUUUUGUUACCAAGAGAAUGGGUUCUCAACCCAAAUGCUGAAAAGGCAAUAAGAAUUGCAGAAGGAAAGUAUAUUUACUUUAAUUAUUGGGACUAUGUCCAAGCUUUCACUCAAGCUUUUUAUUACCAAAAUCCCAAGAACAAGCAUUCUUGA